CAUAGUUAAAAAUGAUCCUUAAAGAAAUGUACAAUCUUUCGACUUUUUUUGUGUUACUAACAAUUUCUUCUUCAUUUACAAAUUCAUAUAAUAUUGAUGACAAAAAUGAUAGUGAGAUGAUGAGGAAGUUUGCUGUACUAAAUAAAAUAAAAGACAAUAUUAAAAUUGUUCUCACACUUCAAAUUGAAAAUCCUACGGUACGUGAAGAUAAUAUCAGAGAUGUCACAACCGGAUCAAAUGAAAUUAAUAGUUUUGUUGAAACUUGCCAAUUUUUGGUUGGAAUCAGUAAAGGCAACUAUUGUCCAAUAAUUGAAACCAAAGACACAAACCUAAAUAUUCCAGGAAGCUGCAAAGAGAUUUACAAAAAUGGUAACACAAUGUCUGGUACAUACCAAAUUUUACCAAGUGGACAAACAAAACCAUUAAUGGUUUUAUGCGACAUGAAAAUUCAAGGAGGUGGAUGGACACACAUUCAGAAGAGAUUUGAUGGUUCUGAAGACUUUUAUAGACCCUGGAGGGAUUAUAAAUUUGGUUUUGGAAAUCUUAAAGGUGAAUUUUGGAUGGGUUUAGAAAAUAUCCAUCAACUUACAAGUAGCGAAACAAACGAGUUGCUUAUAGAACUUACUGAUCAUAAUAUGUUAAACUAUUAUGCUAGAUUUUUAGUUUUUAAAGUAGGACCCGAAUACGAGGGAUACGUAUUAAAAACUGUAGACGGUUAUAGCGGUAAUGCAACUAAUACAGCGGAUGACUGUAUGAAAUGGCACGAAGGGCAAAAAUUUACUACAUUUGAUAGGGAUCAAGACCGUUGGAGUGAAGGCAAUUGUGCCAAUUUUUCAAAUGGUGCAUGGUGGUAUAAUAAUUGCUACUGUAGUAAUUUAAAUGGAUCACCUCGAAAUAUGCCUCACACGAAUAUACUGCGUCCAGGAAUGAACUGGGACAGAAUAACGCUUACACAAAAAAAUUAUUUGUACGGAACCAGAAUGUUAAUAAGACCAAAGUUAUAAUUCACCUAAUGUGCUUGGAAAUAAAGUUUUAACUAUU